AUGCAGAUCCAAGCGUGGGCAAUUCUGUUCAUUCCCGAUUACACAUACGAGCGAUGGCACACUGCACUUAUCGUCAUCGGCCUCGCGACAUUCUACACAUUAUUUGCAGUUUUUGAGGUCAAGAUGCUACACCGCCUGCUGUUUGUCGCAAUGUUCGUGCACAUUGUCGGCUAUUUCGCCACAGUCAUCUACCUCUUGGUUCGUGUUAAUCCAAAGAACACUGCUGAGUACGUGUUUACGGACUCCACAAGCUUGAGCGGUUGGGAAAGUCCCGGAAUUAGCUGGCUUAUCGGACUUCUCACCUCUGCAAUUGGUUUUGUAAGCUGGGAUAGUCCGUUGCACAUGUCCGAGGAAAUGAAGCAUGCGUCGCGUGACCUGCCACGAAGCUUAAUCAUCAACAUAGUGUGCAGUGCCGUUCUUACAUUUCCAUGGAUUAUUGGAGUUGUGUUUUGCAUCACAGACGUCUCCGGGGUUCUAAGCGGCCCUACAGGCACGAUCAGCUUCAUGGCACAACUUUAUUACAACGUGUCUGGUGGCAACAAAGCGGUAACGGUUGGCAUGACCCUUUACCUACCUCUGAUGGGCUUUCUUGGAGUGGGGCCCAGCAUCAUGACGGCCACAUCUCGUGUGAUCUGGUCCUUCGCUCGCGAUGGAGGCCUCCCUCAGUCCGUUUCCAAGGUCAACAGCCGCACAAAGACCCCGGUCCUUUCGCUUUUGAUUACUUGGGCUAUUGUAUGUCUUCUGAGUCUCAUCUACGUCGGCAACGCAACGGCAUACUACGGACUUUCCAGCGCCUGCACCGUUACGCUCAUUAUCUCGUACGCUAUGCCCAUAUGCAUGGCCGUAUUGUUCGGAUUCAAGCAUCGUAGCUUACCAAAGGGGCCCUUUUCAUUGGGAAAAUACCAUCGGCUCGUCGCCACAGUGGCUCUAGCUUGGUCCCUCUGCCUCAUCAUCAUGAUGUGCUUCCCUACGUAUAAGCCUGUCACCACAGCGAACAUGAAUUACGCUUCAGUGGUGGUAUGCGGUGGUCUCGCAGCGGCGACGAUCUCCUGGACUGCAUACGGCAGGUACAGGUAUCAUGGCCUGAUGCAAACGAUAGAAGGUCGAGCGGAAAGAUAG